GAUUGAUAUUUUUGUCGCAAGCUGGUUUCUUUUGUGAUCCACUUUUUAUUUAUUAGUAAAUUACGUUUAAAUAAAAGAAUUUCUUUUAAAAAAAAUGAUAAAAGCUAUUUUAGUUUUUAAUAAUCAUGGAAAGCCAAGACUGUCGAAAUUUUAUCAAUAUUUCAAUGAAGAUAUGCAACAACAAAUAAUAAAAGAGACAUUCCAACUUGUCUCUAAGAGAGAUGACAACGUUUGCAAUUUUCUGGAGGGUGGCAGUUUGAUUGGUGGCUCAGACUACAAGCUGAUCUAUAGGCAUUAUGCAACCCUCUAUUUUGUGUUCUGUGUGGACUCAUCAGAGAGUGAACUAGGCAUUUUGGAUUUGAUUCAGGUGUUUGUGGAAACCCUAGACAAAUGCUUCGAGAACGUUUGCGAAUUGGACCUGAUCUUCCACGCGGACGCGGCUCACCAGGUGCUCGACGAACUGGUGAUGGGCGGUAUGGUGCUGCAAACCAACAUGGCCGACAUACUGUGUAGGUUGCAGGAGCAAAACAAAAUGCAGAAGGCCGAGGCGGGUAUAUCAGCCGCCCCGGCGCGCGCUGUAUCAGCAGUAAAGAGUAUGAAUUUAUCACAACAGUUACGAGACAUGCGCUUGCCUGAUCUGCCGCAAGCUAUCAAGGACCUGAAGUUCUGACCGCUACAGCAGGGCGCGUAUACCACUACGCCCGUCGCCAUAGCAACCAACAUCCUAAACACGAUCUAUCCGCAAAACGAAAAGUACCAGAAUCUCCAGAAACCGACCGAGUUCACGAACAAAUUCUUCGGCUCCGAAACACUCAGCACCAAAUUCUCAGAGACAUUCUCGGAAAAUUACCAACAAACAGAAGGCAUUACGUUUCCAGACUAUGAAAGUAGAAAAACGGAUGCCUAUCAGGAUUUGAGCGGUUCCAAUGUGGAAUUUCAAUAUAAUGACGU